AUGGUCGCUUUCUCGUCUAUCUUUCUCGCCCUUGGCACCGCUGCCUCGGUGCUCACCAGCCCGGUCAACGUGACCUCGCCUUUCAACUUGCUUGAACGCGCUGUCGCAACCUCUCCCGGAACCGGUACCCAUGAUGGGUACUUCUACUCUUUCUGGACUGACGGCAAGGGUUCCGUCAACUACAACAACGAGGCGGGCGGCAAGUACUCGGUCUCCUGGAACAACGUGAACAACUUUGUCGCCGGAAAGGGCUGGAAGCCCGGAGCAGCCCGCACCGUCACCUACUCCGGUACCUGGAACGCCGCGAAUGUGAACAGCUACAUCUCGCUUUACGGCUGGACCAGGAACCCGCUCGUCGAGUACUACAUCGUCGAGACGUACGGCAGCUACAACCCCGCCUCUGCAGCACAGAAGAAGGGCACCAUCACCACUGACGGCGGCACCUACGACAUCCUCCAGACCACGCGCUACAACCAGCCGUCGAUCGAGGGAACCAGCACGUUCCCCCAGUUCUGGAGUGUCCGCCAGCAGAAGCGCGUCGGUGGAUCCAUCAAUGUCGGCGCUCACUUCAAUGCUUGGACCCAGUACGGGCUCAAGUUGGGCAGCCACGACUACCAGAUUCUGGCGACUGAGGGAUACCAGAGCAGUGGCUCUGCUUCCAUCACUGUUUCCGGC